CCCAGGUCCUCACCUCGCAGGUCACUGAUUCUAGGGCAGGACAGAGCUAGUAAUAGUAAAGCCUAUGAGUGCAGAGUGAGGUAAGUCAGGAAAGGCAUCCUUAAGGAGGGGUUAUUUGAGUUGGGGCAUUGAAGGUUGUAUAGGAGUUCACCAGGGCCACUCUGAUUAAAUGCAGAAUGAAUCACCAGCAAAUCAUCUCUCUGCCCCCACCAGGUGUGCCAGGGCCAGUGCCAGCAGCACCCACAGCCUCAGCCUCAGCCCAAUGAGGCGGUGACGCUCCGACCCUGCUCCUCCGCCAUGUGGGCCAAUGACAGUUCUCUGGGCCCCUGUUUCCGUCCAAUGAACAUCACGCUAGAGGAGCGGCGCCUGAUCGCCUCCCCCUGGUUUGCUGCCUCCUUCUGCCUCGUGGGCCUGGCCUCCAACCUGCUGGCCCUGAGGGUGCUGGCAGGGGCCCGGCAGGGCAGCUCCCAGGGGAGGUCCUCCUUCCUCACCUUCCUCUGCGGCCUGGUGCUCACCGACUUCAUGGGGCUGCUGAUCACCGGGGCCAUCGUGGUGUCCCAGCACGCCAUCCUCUUCGACUGGCACGCCGUGGACCCCAGCUGUCGCCUCUGCCGCUUUAUGGGCGUCGUCAUGGUCUUCUUCGGCCUGUGCCCGCUGCUGCUGGGGGCCGCCAUGGCCGCAGAGCGCUACCUGGGCAUCACACGCCGCUACACCGUGCAGUACCCGGGCUCCUGGUGCUUCCUCACGCUGGGCCCCGAGCCCGGGGACGUGGUCUUCGGGCUGCUGUUCGUGCUGCUGGGCAGCUUCUCCGUGGGGCUGUCCUUCCUGCUCAACACCAUCAGCGUGGCCACCCUGUGCCACGUCUACCACGGGCGGGAGGCCGCCCAGCAGCGCCCGCGGGACUGCGAGGUUGAGAUGAUGGCCCAGCUCCUGGGCAUCAUGGUGGUGGCCAGCGUCUGCUGGAUGCCGCUGCUGGUCUUCAUCGCCCAGACGGUGCUGCGGAGCCCACCAUCCAUGAGCCCCACCGGGCAGCUGUCCCGAGCCACGGAGAAGCAGCUGCUCAUUUACCUGCGUGUGGCCACCUGGAACCAGAUCCUGGACCCCUGGGUGUACAUCCUGUUCCGCCGGGCCGUGAUCCGGCGCCUCCACCCUGGCCUCAGUACCCGGUCCCGGUCGCUCUCCCUGCAGCCCCAGCUCGCCCGGAGGCCCACCAUGGCAUAGGGGCAGGGAGACAUCAGUGGUGGCUCCAGAAGGACAGCGGCCGUUCAACCUCGGGCCUCCCUGACAGUCACAGCUGCCCACCCUGAAGUCCGGGAGCUGGGAGUGCAGGAUGAGCAGAGUUUGAGUGGCAGGAUUGUGAGCUGUCUUCCGUCAGCCCUGGGGGCUCCCCAAUCUUCCCUGACCCCCCUUUCCAAGGCCGUUUUCUUCUCUCAGGCCCCUCCCAACUUCAGGCUGGGUGAGUGGGAGUGUCGG